UGAGCUUGCUUGUGACGUCGGGUUCCCACGCAGACGCUGCGGCAGCGACGGAGUGUGCUGUUCGAGGAGACUACCUUGCACGUGGUGAUCUCGGGGCUCCACCUGCGCUGCUAGCCCGCCCCGCCCAUGCCGGCUAGCCGUCCCCCUCGAGGCUAGCCCGCCCACCGAGGCUCACUCCACGCUUACACUCAACCAUUCCAGUACCUUGGGACCAAGCGACCGAGCGACGCCAAGUGCCACCUCCUUUGAUAACUCCCAUGACCUGAGGUCGUCCUUGUGACCCGUUGUGGCCUCUCGGUGACCUUGAGCUAAGCCUCACAGGCGCCCACCGGGCUCUCGAGACCUAAGCCGCCCACCCCCGCCCACCAUCUCCACCACUUAGGCGUUCCCUAAUCACGCCUCCGCCCACAGUCUUCGCGAAGUCCCACGUGUCCCGUGCGGACGGACGCCCGUGUCUGGUCCUCCUCAAGGUUCCUGACGUGACGAUGGUCGGCGGCAGCGUGGCGGGCAGUCACGGCAUCGAGGAGUUCCGUGUGGUGACUCGCGCCUCCGGCGGCGUGGAGGAGGCCGCCCCCACCGCGGCCUGCCUCGCCCUGGAGGCGACCAAGAGCCCUCUGCAGGGCGAGCAGGCGGACCACCCCGGCCUGCCGCGCGCCUGGUCCAACCCGCAGAUCUCCAGCCACAUCCGGCCGGGCCUGGAGCCGCCGCAGAUCCACACCACCACCGUCACCGACGCCGUGUUCGAGGUGGACGUCGCCCGCGGCAUCUGCAUCAAGACGUCGCGGGAGGGCUCGCCUCUCACGCCCGAGCGCCGCCAGAGCAUGCCGGACAUCGGCGUGUGCGAGAACGAGGACGUGGGCGAGGACGAGGCCGUCGUCGGCUGCAAGAUCGAGUUCCGCGUGCUCGACAAGGACAGGAAGUUUUCCGAGCCAUCUGCGCCCACCACCAUCGUGGCCAGCCAGACGCGCGUGUCUCGCCAGGAGCUGAGUGCCGUCGUGCCCGCGCCGCCCGCCUUCAACGCGGGGGCCGAGGACACGCCCGCGCCCGCCACACUCGACCUCCCCCCCAGCGCCACCGCCAAGGUCGGCGUCCUGCAGGCCAGCCCGCACGCGCUGCCCGACGAGCGCUCCGUCUACUACGACGCCCCGCCGCCGGACGACGCGUCGCAGCCCGGCCUCAAGAUCCACGCCAAGUCGACGUCGCCGCGCAGCGACGCGAACGACGAGAGCGCCAAGGGCAGCGACGCCGCCGACGCCGCCGCCGCCGCCAAGGACAAGACGGACGUUCGGGGCGGCAAGAAGGACGAGGCCCGGCGGCGGCUGGGCGUCGUGGCGCUGCCCAUCGUGCUGGAGGACCACAAGGACCGCGACGGAGAGCCGCCCACGCAGUACGACUCGGCCGCCCACCCGCCCGACACCAGCCGCUACGAGUCGGCGGCGCACGACCAGACCGCCGGCCCGACCGCGCAGGAGACGUCCCGCUACGAGACGGUGAUGGGCGCGCCGCCGCCCGAGUCGUCGCGCUACGAGACGGUGAUGGGGCAGCGCGACACGGAGCAGCGGACGCGGCACGACACGCUGUGCGAGGAGGACAAGUCGCUGACGUCGGAGCGGAGGCGCUCGCUGGAGUUCGUGCUCGAGGAGAAGCUCGACAACGACGACAUGAGGAAGAUCUCGGUGAUCAACCUGCAGGACCUGAACGCGGCCUUCCAGGUGUCCACCAUGAUGAACAGGUCGCGCACGGUCACGCCGUCGGUGUCGCCGCGAGGAACGCCUCCGCACAGCGAGAGCGGCGGCCGGCGAAGUCGCUCCUCGCGCCACCGCCGCUCCUGCGAGGACCUGCUCGAGGAGGGGUCGGAGGAGUCUUCCAGAACCAACACGCCGCGCCCCACGGACCUCCAGCCUCGGUCUUCCCUGUCCCCCGACACGCCGCGGGGCCCCGCCGCGCGCAAGUCCCCCGCCGCGCAGGAGGACUCCUCGCAAAAAAGCCGCAUUCCCGUGCCUCUCUGGGCCCGCGCCGCCAAGGACGGCGAGCCCGACAACAGCCACAACGUGCCCUCCGGAGGCAGGAGUCCGCGCUACUCGGAGGCGGAGCGCGCGGAGGCGGCGCGCAGGAUCUCUGUGGCGCUGGCGGAGAAGGUGACGUCCCCGGGCAACGAGGAGGACUCGAGCACGCGGAGCGGCGCGUCCGAGCACCGGUCGGGGCGGGACCGCGGCUCCUCGCGCGAGUACCAGCACUCCGUCAGCCAGGAGGACCACUCCGAGGACCUCGCGGACCUCACGCCGGCGCUGCGCAGACGCAGGCAGGGCGUCGAUAAGUACGUCACGGACGAGACGCAGCUCAACCUGCGGUUCCAGCGGCGCCGCACGCGGCCCAUGUCCGACGUCACACCGCCGCCGCCCGCGAUGCUGCAGACCAGGAACCGCCAAAGCAGACAGCGCGUGUCCAUGAUCGAGGCGGGCGCGGGCGGGCGGUACUUCGACGGCGGGCGGGGCGUGCCUUCUUACCUCCUGAAGCCCCAGCACGAGGAGUCGAGCGAGUCGGAGAGCUCCCACCCACGCAAGCCGCGGCCGCCCGCCUCCGAGCCGCCCUCCGCCGCCAGGGACGUCGCCGCCAGAAUCCGCCGCUACCGCCCCCUGAGCGCGGACAGCAGCGACAACUACCGGCGUCAGCAUCCGCAGCGCACCGUGUCCCCGGACUGACAGGAACCCCGGCCCUAGUCCUCGUCUGGAGGAGGUGUCCGGCUCCCAUACCCCCCCACCUGCAGCCCCCUACCGAGCUGCCACCCAUACCCCCCCUCACACACCACCCAGAAGCGCACAAACUCUCCCCCUCCCCCCGUGGUGGGCGUCGACGCAUGCAAGGUGUGCACGCAGGAGCUCAACAGCCAGAGACGGGCCUUCGACGAGACUUACCUCCCGUACCGGCAGCAGGACCUCCCUCCACAGCAGCAGGUCGUGUUCGCCACCGUGACCAAACUGAAACACAGGCGCAAGAGAAAGGUGUGUGGGUGCUGGCAGAUCUUCCAGCGCGCCCGUGGCAAGACCCUCACGGCCAACAAGAACCAGGAGAUCGCCAGAGCACGGCUCAACAUCUGCUGAAGCGAGGCUUGGAAAGCUGAUGAUCGUCAUCAUCAUCAUCAUCAGUCUUUUUUUGACUAUCUUUCCGUGUUAUUAUUUUUUCGAGAAACCUAAACGGUGCUUUUUGCCUAGUAGUCAAUGCGAUUUUGAUACUUAUGUCACAUCGAGAACCACCAGUGACCGGAAAACGUGCGGAAUUACGAUACGGAAAUAUAUAAUUACUCGUAUCCUGGAAGAUGUGUCGUCGCGAUAACGUAAAUGGUGAAAAUACAAGCUGGAAGUGUCUCUUGCAAGCCGCGAUAGCAGAGUGCAGUGCAACACCCGCAGGCGCAGAAGAAGGCAGGCGAGGAGAAGGUUCCUGGAGCCGGGGAGGAAGGGAGGAGCUCGUUCCUCGGCCACACAAACUGCUUUAGCUCAGAGUGCCACAUUUAAAAAGGGUAUUCAACAAAAAAGGUGGAAAUGAGAUUAUAGUUCAUAUAGAUAAAAUAAUAAGUGUGAUAUACGGGGGAGUGUGAUUCGGGGAUAUAUAUAUACAUAUAUACACGGGAGCUGUAUUUCUCACACUGAUUGACGGCAGCCUGGCGGCAGUGGACGCUACCGACCGCCAAACGGACUCGCUGGCCGCCAAGAAAAGAAAAAAGACUCCGUUGUCUUAGCAGUGUGAGAGGGUGCCAUGGGAGCCACACGUCCUCGGCCACCGCCACGCAGGACCGGGGCAGCGUGACGCGGGAGGUGCCGUCGUCGUCGCCGCCGCGUCGUCGUCGUAUCGUCGUCGGCGUCGGCGUCGCGUCAAAGUCGUCGGACGUCGCUUUCGUCGUCGUCGUCGUCGUCGUCGGGAACGUCACCUGCACAUGGUUGUGAUAUUUGCUAUGUACGUUUCUGUGUACCAACACUUGCUAGGUUAGGUUAGUAACUGUGCCAUCCUACGUCGCCAUAGACUCUGACUCUUGACCGGUCACGUGACUGGCCACAACUCCCACAGGUCGCAAGAGUUAUCUUUUCACUUGAGAAAGACAUCGGUUAUGAUUAUAAUAAUAAUAAUAAUAAUAAUAAUAAUAAUGAUAUUAGAAAGAAAAGAAAACUGGAAAUGAAGAAAGGAUGAGAGAAAAAAACAUUUACUUUUAAUGUACAUUAUUAUUUAGAUACGUAUUAAGGGCCUACGAUCAAAUAUGUGAUGUAAUAUUCUUUAGUGUUUUUUCUGAUCUAGGUACCUGUGUUUUCACUUUUAAAGGGUUCUGGAUGACUGUUGUAAAUUUAUCAAAAAGAAGUCAUGAGUUUUAGCCUUUGAUAUUGCUGUUAAACGAACUAUUUUUGGGGAAUUACUGCAAUAUAUACGUAUAGGAGAUAUAUAUUCUGGUGAAUCUCAAAAAUUAGGCCUCAUGCAUAUUUGCCCAGAUACUCAGUAGCCCCUUUCCACACUUUCACACAUUAAAGCUUUGUCGUUCUUCUUCUUAUGGUGAUGAUAAGAAAAAAAAAACAUUAAUGAUAAUUAAUGGUGAAUGCUGUAAGUAUUUCUAAUAACGGUGCACAUGCAGUAAGCUGAUGAUGCAUAUAUUUGAUUUUUUUUUUUUUUUUUUUUUUUUUUUUUAAUAAGUUUUAUCGUCAAAAGGUUGGGUUCCAUUUUGUUGCCCCCCCCCCUUCCCCUCCUCACUGAUCCCCGUUCCCCCACCCCUUGUGCCAUUGCCUGUGUUGCAGGUUUGUUGAUAAGAAUGCUCCCUAACUCCAAUGCAAUUCAUUUUUUGCGAAUAUUUAGAAGUGAAAGAAGUCCAAAUAUUAAAAAAAAAGAAACUUUUUUGCGACAAAAGAAGCGAGAGAGGGAGAGAAGGAGAAGAAAAGCUGGAUCAUAUAAGAAGGCGAAGAAAAUGAAAGGAAGAGAGAAAGGUAUAAGAAGAAGAAAAAUUGACUCGAUAUCGUCGAAAAUGAGCUUAAGAAUCAGGGAGACAACUAAGAGGGCAACAUUCCGCGCGAAUGUUGCCGCCUCGCUAUCAGGUCUUUCUAAGUGUCUUGGGAUCAAGUGUAAUAAUAUAUCUUGUUCGAACAUGAUAAUGAUAAGACUAAAACUAGAAACAUAAAGAUGAAGCAGCUCAAAAAAUGAACGAAAAAAUAGCUCAAUCCUAUGUAAAUUGGUUUAAAAAUCUAGUCAGACUCCCAUGCGUACCAACACUGCGGGAAAAAUACGUAUUAUUAUUUUCCACUUUCUUCACAUAAACCUGGAGGUUAUUUGUUUUUUUAACUUAUUAUUUUUGUCUAUCUUUGCAAUUGUGAGUCACUUUGAGGAAAAUCCAUUUUUUGUCGUGUUGGUAAGCCUUUCUAGUCACGAAUUUUUACCCGUCAAGAAAUAUUUUUCUUCAAAUUGUAUCUACGCAGUGUAAAGAAUGUGUGAUGUGCCCUUUUCAUUAAACAAUGAAACUAAUUCAGUUAGCACAACAUUUUGAGAAAAAGAAUUGGUCAACAAAAACAAUACUCAAAGCACCUUGGUCUAUAGAAAACGGAAUACUCCAAAUACAACAGGGAAACUAAUACAAUAACCAACAGAUUCUUGCAGAAGUAUUGUAUAAAGUCCAGCUACACACACAGCCUUGGCAGGGGUUACAGGGAGUUCUUGGCAGGGUUGAGAACGACAGGAAGCCUUCGAAUUAAGCUUCAAAUCUCAGCCCUUCCGAGGCUUCACUCCACGCCUGUCACACGUAGGCAAUUAUACACCCGUUCUCCUUAUUUCGAGGUUGUAACAAAGACGAAUAAUACAUUUUAUAUAUAUAUCUGGAUGUUAAGGUUGUAAAAUCAUUGUAAUUUUUUCCCCAAUUAACCAAUUCAUUGUGAUUUUUUUUCUAUUCAUAAUUUAACUCGUCGGUUUUAUUAUAUAUAUAUCGGGAAUGACCCUCGUUCUUUUCUCUGAAGACUUAUUUUGUAAAAUGAAUAAUGAUAGUGAUAAUACUACUUCCUAACAGCUAAACCUUGCGAAGGUGCUUGACAACAAUUCUUAAAGGACUGGAUUGAGACGCGUCGACAAGUGAAUCUCAGCUGAUCGAGUGAAUCCUGUUGAUAAAUGAUAAUAUAAAACGAUAACUGAAAUGCUAAUAGUCAUACGCUAGUCACUAUUGGGUAUGGAAGUGUCUACAUUUAAAGAAAAAAUGUAUUUAUCAGUCAAAUGGUUAAUAAUAAUGAUGAUAAUAAUAAUGAUUAUGUCUGGAAUGAGGUUAGAUAAUUUUUUCUCUGUUUUAAAUGCCUUGAUUUUUUAAACAAAAAACUUUAGACUAGUAGAUAUUUUCUGUGCAUCUACUCGAAUCUCAUUUAUUAACCUCCUUUCUACGAGAAAGAACUUUUUAGCUUAAGAAUUAAACGUAAAACAAAAUACAAAAAAAAUAAAAGAUAAAAAAUGAAGUCAUCUCACUGCAUUUGUGGCUGUAAGCGUAAACUAGAGGAACCGAUUCAUUAAGGGAAAUGAAGAAAUUAACCUUUUGUUUUAAAAAUAAUGAAGAAUCAAAAGCAGAUUGCAUGCAAAAAAAUAUAAAAAAAAUACUUCACUUCAUUUUCUGCUAAAAUCACUCUGUACACUCUCCUCCCUACCCAGACCACCCGACCCACCCCUCCCCUCCCCCUGCCCUCCGCGGGUGGGGGGGGGCGGGGCUAACGGUCACCCAGUGUUCUGAACAUUAAUACUCUUUUAAGACUCCUGUGUCCCCUGUGCGUGUUUUAUACUGACGAGUUGCCUCUUGUUGAAUCAGAGCUUUUUAUUGGUAGAGCUUUGUUUUGUCUCUGGGAGAGGUAAGGAAGCUCUUUUUCACUAAGCUCUUGCUACAGAAGGGUUUUAAAAGUCGAUUGAUCUCUCGGGAGAGCUUGCGACUGUGAUACAUCGUGGAGAGCUUUUUUUUUUUUUGUUUUUUGUUUCCUCUUUACUUGGAGUGAAGAAAAUGAGUGGGAUAGAAGAACUGAGAAAAGAAGAAGAAGAAAAAAGUAAGAACAAAAGUGGAGCUUCCUUAUGUCUCCCAGGAGCUUGAUAGAGCUUUUGUAGUGCGUACUGGGAGGUCUGUUUGAGUCUCGACAGGAAAGAAAGAGACCUUUUGAAAAUGAAGAAUAAGGAAAUAUAAAAAACGAGGAAUUUCUGUGUUUGUAUGGAGGCGGAGAUAAUACUCAAGCAGAAGAGCGCACGCGUACCCCGGUCGAGCUGUUCCUCGGGCGCUGCUUCGAGACAGACGCGAAGCGAGAUGCGCAGAAACCGGCGGGAAUCUAGAGCCGUUAUUAUUAUUGUUUUGAUUAUUAUUGUUAUUAUUUUUAAAAAUUCCCCUUCGUCCCUCUUUCUAGAAACCCAUUGGUUGGCUCUGCGCGAUGAUAAAUAUAUAUAUAUAGGCACAAUUACACCGGGUGAAUUAGAGGUAUUGUUCAAAAGGAUGAGUCAUAAUGACUCGGUAUGAGACGAUAACAAAGGAAGAACAGGAAUAUGUAAAAAUGAAGAGAGAAAAGAAGACAUAGAUACACUGACAAUCACCUUAAAAAAUACCCGUAGCACUAACUUUAGUCUUAGCAAUUCAAAUAAUUGUGCCACUGAUUCGAAGUUUGAUUCGAAGCAAUGUCCGAGCAGAACAGAUUGUCCGAAUAAGCGUUUCUUUCAACGGUGUGUGUCCAUGCAAAAAAAGAAUAUAUAUUUCGUUCAAUAAGCCUUACAUGGGUGAACCUAGUAUGCAGCAGCAGCAAACAGAAACAAUUAAAUAAAAGAUUUAAAAAAAACAUUAUAAAAAACGAUAAAAUGUUUAAAAAAAGCUUCAUUAACUAUUCCAGAAUGGUUCAGCGAGUAGACUUAUUUUUUGGCGAUACCGAUAUCAACUGACAGAUUGCCCAAGUUUCUUUACCAGUGCGCUGUUUACGGCUUCUUACUGUGUUUCAUUUACGAAACUAACUUUUAUUUAAUUUUUUUACUUAUUAAUGUGGUUACUGGCCGUCUGUACUAUAAUGUCCAGAUUGUAUAUUUUUGUUCCGUGUACUUAGAUUGUUAUUUACAAUUAAAUUAUAGCAAUGCCUUCUA